CAACUGGACUUAGUGAUGGAGGCAGAGGGACUGAGGAUGACGAUCCACAACCUAGGGACAAUUGUCACUACCAGCGCGGUGGCGAGCCAGAGUGAGGCGUCGGGUGUGGGGCUGGAGCAGUGCAUCGUGGGUCUCCCAGCCUGCGUAACCAUAACGACCAGAGACAAGGCCGGGGGACACUGCAGGAGCGGCAACGCCAUCCUGUCUGCUGAGGUGUGUACUCCAGAUGGUAGCGUGGCGGACGGGGAGAUACUCGACCACAAGAACGGGACAUAUGAUUUUGUUUACACUGUAAAUAAGGAAGGAGAGUUCUCAUUGGCUCUCCGGCUCUAUGACCAGCACAUCAAAGGAAGUCCCUUCAGUCUCAGAGUGUCUCCCCCCACCACCACAGCCACCUCUCUGACGACCACGGCCACCCCGUCUACAGGCUCCUCUGAGGGGGCUAAGAGGAGAGGAAAGUCCCCGGGGUCUGGGAGUAAGAAGAAGGGUUCCAGGAGGACAGGCAGUGCCCUGGGGACACCCAGACGCAGAGAGAACCCCAUCGAAGAUGAUCUCAUCUUCAGGAUCGGUACUAAGGGGAAGAAUAAAGGAGAAUUUACUAACCUACAGGGUGUGUCAACGUCCUCCAGUGGCAGGAUUCUAAUAGCAGACAGCAAUAACCAGUGUGUCCAGAUCUUCUCUAAUGACGGCGAGUUUAAGAGUCGUUUCGGGGUGAGGGGCCGGUCGCCAGGGCAACUCCAACGACCAACGGGUGUGGCCGUUCACCCCAACGGUGACAUCAUCAUCGCCGACUACGACAACAAGUGGGUCAGCAUCUUCUCCAGCGAGGGCAAGUACAAGGCCAAGCUGGGCUCUGGUAGGCUGAUGGGACCGAAGGGCGUGUCCGUGGAUCAGAACGGUCACGUGAUCGUUGUGGACAACAAGGCAUGCACAGUCUUCAUCUUCCAGCCAACCGGCAAGCUCGUUACUAAGUUCGGUAGCCGCGGCAACGGAGACAAACAGUUCGCAGGUCCUCAUUUUGCAGCCGUCAACCACAACAAUGAGAUCAUAGUGACAGACUUUCACAACCACUCAGUCAAGGUAUUCACCCCAGAGGGAGAGCUGCUGCUGAAGUUUGGAUCUAAUGGAGAGGGCAACGGUCAGUUUAAUGCCCCUACAGGAGUGGCUGUCGACGUGAACGGGAACAUCAUCGUAGCCGACUGGGGCAACAGCCGCAUACAAGUGUUUGACGGUAGUGGCUCCUUCCUGUCCUAUAUCAACACAUCAGCUGACCCUCUCUACGGACCUCAGGGUCUGGCUCUCACCUCUGAUGGACACGUGGUGGUGGCCGACUCUGGGAACCACUGCUUCAAGGUCUACAGAUACCUACAGUAG